CGCCCCCGAUCGGAGGAGGAAGGGGAGGGCGGGGCCACCGCCUGGGCCGCAGGGAGCGGACACGGAGACUCCACGCGGGGCAAGAAGCGGCGGAGGAGGAGGAGGAGGAGAAGGCAGCGCCCCGCUCGAGUUGCUGCUGGUGCCGCCGCCGCAAGCCCGGAGAGUCCAAGAAACAAUUCCAAGAUGGCGUGGCACCGCUGCCCCUUCCCGGCCUUUGCGACCUCCCUGGCUGCGGCGUGCUGACUCUUAACUACGGCGUGGACGUCGGCUCCAGGAAUUGCUCCUUUUCCAAACGGUUGGCAAGCGUCUCCCCAUGGGGAGCGCCCUGCCUUUCUCUGUCCAUUUGACCACCGCUGGCUGUCUCGGAAGUCCUCGGUUGGCUGGCGAACCGGAAAGGCAGCGGGGCCUUCCCACCAAUCAGAGACAAGGGCGGGAUCCGGAAUCCUGAGCGCAAGCACCGCACGCCGGUCGGGGCGAUGCAGUCGGACGAUCUCUUCGUUCGUAAGAUGCGACGCCACUCAAACCGUCCGCCGCUCACCUCGUUCUCCUUCGACAACUUCCGGACCCCCAAGCCCCAGGUGGGCGAGGGCCCACUAGUGGGCCACUGUGGACCACCUCUGAGGUCGCCGCAGCGCAGCGGUCUCAUGCAUCGCAGUAACAGCGACGUGACCCUGAGCGAAGGGGAGCUGGCGGCCACAGUGGGGACUCCCAGCUCGCCGUUGCCGCUGGCCGCAGCCUCCGGGACGGGGUUCCAGCGAAACAGCAGCAGCCCCGUCAUGCCCUCAAAGAGCAUGGCGCCCCCUCGAGCCCGGGCACACAGCCACGAAGAGUCCCGGGCAGGCAAUCCCACCGCCCGGCGUUUCCGCGACCCCCUCCUCCUGCUGGGAUUGGCGUCCUCAGAUGUGUGGGAAUCGGAGAGGGGUGGCACCCCGUCAGCGGAGACCAGCGUAUCCCUUCCCGCAUCGGAGGCGGCCACGCCGGUGUGGGGCCGCCACCUGGCCCAUUACGACGUCCAGAGUAUCCUCUUUGAGCCCGGCGAGGGGGCUCAGGAAGCAGCCAGGCAGUGUAACGUCACCACGGGCGCCUCGGCGGCUUCACAGUCCCGCACGGCCGACGUGACGCUGAUUCUGGAGGACGGAGCCGAAGAGGAGGAAGGGGGCACGCUGGUGCUCAGCUGCUCCGCCUUUCGCGUGGAAGCCGGAGGGGAAGUAGAACGGGGGCUAGGCCAACACCGGGGGCUGCCGGCGGGCUUCCACUGUCCAAACAUGGCCGUAUCGGUGCUGGAGGAACCCCGUGAAAGUUACGGACAGAGGAGCAGCCGCGUGAUGCACGAUGAGUAUGCCGAUCUCGGAGCUUGUUACUACCGGAAGCAUUUUUACGGCAAAGAGCACCAAAAUUUCUUCGGGGUGGAUGAUCAGCUGGGCGCGGUGGCCAUUUCCCUCCGUCGCGAAGACAAAGAAGGCAGUGCGGGUCUUCAGUACAAUUACCGUCUUAUCAUUCGCACAAGCCAGCUGCGGACUCUGCGUGGAUCCAUUUUGGAGGAUGGGCUGCCUCUCACCGCUCGCCAUGGAUCUCCCCGAGGUGUCCCUCCCAAGAAGCUGCUGGAUCACCUCAUGCCGGAGCUCAACCUGCAGUGUCUCCGUCUCGCUUCCAGCUCCCCAAAAGUCCCCGAGACGUUGCUGAAGUUGGACGAGCAAGGGCUCAACUUCCAGCGCAAAGUUGGGGUCCUGUAUUGCCGGGAGAAGCAAGGCUCAGAAGAGGACAUGUACAAUAACGAGAAGGCUGGUCCCACCUUUGAGGAGUUCCUGAACCUUCUGGGCGAGCGGGUCCGCCUGCUCGGCUUUGACAAGUACCGUGCCCAGCUGGACAACAAGAACGACUCCACGGGGACCCACUCUCUGUAUACCACAUAUCAGGACUAUGAGAUUAUGUUCCACGUCUCCACCAUGUUGCCCUACACACCAAACAACCGCCAGCAGCUGUUGAGGAAGCGACACAUUGGCAAUGACAUUGUCACCAUCAUUUUCCAAGAGCCAGGAGCCCUCCCCUUCACACCCCGCUUGGUCCGUUCCCAGUUCCAGCAUGUUUUCAUUGUGGUUAGAGUACACAGUUCUUCCACCGACCAUACCACCUACAGCGUGGCUGUCAGCUGCACCGAGGACAUCCCACACUUCGGCCCUUCCAUUCCCGCCGAGAACUGUUUCCUGAAGGGCCCGGCCUUCCGGGACCUCCUGCUCGCCAAGGUGAUCAACGCGGAAAAUGCCGCCGAACGCUCGGGCAAGUUCCACGCCAUGGCCACCCGGACGCGCCAGGAGUACCUCCGCGACCUGGCCCUCAACCACGUCACCACCAGCACCUUGGAGUCCUCCACUUCCCGCCGGCCGCUGAUCACAUUGCCGGCGGCCAAGAAGCGCGAAAAGUCCAAAGUUCCCAAGGGGGCCGAGGCCCACAGCGCGGGGGCUUUGGUGUGGGGCGUCUGGGCCCGGGACGGGAGCAAAGAACCCAACAGCAAGACGUUGGAGCUCCGGUGCCUGCUGGGCAUCUCAUCGGAGUUUCUAGUCCUCAUUGAUGCCCGUGAGAAGAGAGUGGUUUUCAACUGCUCGUGCCGGGACAUCCUAGCUUGGACCUUUUUGGAGAGUUGCACCUUGGACCUUUAUUACGAGACGGGGGAUUACAUUUGCAUGCGUGUGGACGAGGGUCAAGCGUCCGACAUUCGGGAUAUCGUCCAUCGGCUUCAAUUGGUGACUCGCGGGUGCGAGACCCGGGAACUGACUCUCUUACGGAACGGCGUCGGCCAGCUGGGUUUCCAAAUGGACCACGAAGGGUUUGUAACCGAAGUGGAACGCUUCACCUUUGCGGAAAAAGCCGGGCUCCAGCCAGGGGCCCGCCUGGUCCGUGUGUGCGAGAGGCCCUUGCCCGGCCUGACGCCCCCCCAGACCGCUGAACUCCUCCGCACGGCGAAAAAAGUCACCAUCACGGUCGUUCCUCCGGAUGAGAAUGGAAGACCCAGAAGGAGCUUCUCCGAGCUCUAUCAGAAAUCGCUGCAGGAGAAGCGGAGGAGCGAGCCCCCGCUGGGAGAGACGGAGCUGAGCCGGCCAGCAAGCGAGGGGCUCUUCAGAGCGGCCCCCUUUCAGCUCCUGCAUUCCUUGUCCCUGCAGGACGGGGCGCCUCACCUCUUAGCCGAAGAGAGGACCGAGUUCCUGCAGAGCCACAGCGACCGAACCCCAGAGGCUGCCCACCCGAUUCCACUCAAAAGUUUCUCUGUUACAUCCAAUCCUCCUCCCGAUAUAAUCUUGGCAACCACUCCCAAGGCCCUCCUAGAUCGAGAUCUGGACCAUCCGAGAGAGGCUGUUGUGAACCAUCACACACCUGGCCUAGGCUCUCAGGAGGCCAAUUUGGUCUUCCCGUCUUCCCCGCCGGGAGAGAAGGCCUUGCCCCCUCUGGAAGCCAGAGACAGCAAUAAGUUUUUGCCCCGGACACUUUCGCUGCGGAAUUCCAUCACCAAAAUCCUCUCUGAAGCUGGGGAGUCCCUGGAAGACGAGUGGGACUCCAUCGCCAAUCUGGCCUCGGCUUGUAACAACAUCCUGGAAGCUCUCUCCCGCGAAGGCCAACAUAUCCUGGAGAAUCGAGAAGGCAGCACUGGGACACAGAGAUGCGCCAAUCAGCCACAAGCCAUUGAUGAGUCCCAGCACGCUCUCAGCCUGGCGGACAAAGUUUUAUACUUGGAGGUGAAACUGAAGGAACUGCAGGAAGACCUUCAGAAGGAAAAAGCCGAAAAGGCCGCCCUGCAAGCCGAAAUGCAAGCCUUGCAACAGAACACCAAGCGACUGAAAGAGGCAUCGGAGACGGCCGCGGCCCAACUCAGCCAGGUCACCCAGAUGUUGGGGACAGGGUCACCUGCCCCCCACGGCCUGUGAGGGACCCCCACGGCCGGCCACUUCCUGGUGGCCCAGCCCCGCACGGCUCACCUGACUUUCUCCCUAAGGAAAGGGUACCACCAGGCGAUCCAAGAAGAAACUGAUGAUUAUUGGUUGUUUCUGAAAAACCCCUCCCCACCCACACACACACACACUUGCAAAUCCUUGCAUCUGUCUGGAAGUUCGGCUCUCCCCAUUUAUGGGGGGGGGCUGCCUCAUUCCCGAAGAUGAAGGGGGGAGCGGAUAAUUGAACUAGAAAAGACCCAUGUGGCCAGUCAGCUUUUUCGACUGUCCAUCUCCGCAUCCUUGAACGAUGUCUGAUUUUGCCCGUCCUCGAGUUCAGCUGGGUGUGAAUUUGGAACUUGGGUUCGAAGACCCUCCCCCAAGUGCCAAGGGGGGGGGGGGAAGGCGAUCACCUGGGAUUCCUGCCUGCCUCGCACCCGGGUCCGUUCUUGGAAUUUGCAAAAUUCAGCCACCGCCGGAUUUUUUUUUUUAAAUUUUAUUUUAUUUUUGCACGGGUCUCCACCGAUCCCGGGGGGAAGAGCCCCCCCCCUCCUUCCGGGGUCUCCAGCGUGGGAAAGAAGGGCGGGUGGGGCAAAGCAAUCAAAUGGCAAUAAUUGCAAAUGGCUUCCAAGCCGGGGGGGGGGGCAUCUCCUGCCCAGGAUUUUGUCACUGGAGAGCCCACCUUUAUCUUCCAAUUUCCCCCCCCCCUCCCACCGCACUGUCUGGGAUGGCACGGCGUGCUUCCAGCCCAAUUUACUGUGAAUUAUUUUAUAUAUUUUUUUUUUGAAAGCUGUGAUAGGACUAACCUCCCCCUGCCCCCCCCCCGAAAAAUAAUGAUCUUUUGAGUUGUCCUGUCCGGUCAUUCGUUCCACCUGCACACCUGUAACCUGUAGAGGCUCCUGUAGGGUGGGGUGGGGUGGGGGUCACAGCGCCCCGGUCUGCCCCUGAUUUCGUCCUCCCAGCAUCGGCCCCACCCCGAAAUGGUGCUAUCCAUGACUUAGUUUUCCCAUUCCUCUCGGUUCCCAUCCCAACCUGGUUAGGAUCGGGGCCACUUUGUGGAGCUCUUCCAUGUGUCUGUAUCCUGUAGUCUGUCCGUCUUCCGUUCCUCCCCUUUUUUUCUCUCCUCGUCUCCUUCUAUUUAUUUUCCUUUCCCUUUUCCUUCCUUCCUCCUUUCGUUCCUUCACUAUUUCCUUCGUUCCCUCCCUCCUCCCCCUCUCCUCUCUUGUCCAUUUUUUUCUUCUCUUUCUCUCCC